AUGGCGCCCUACUCCAGACCGGACCAGGCAGAUAUUCAGUUUGGGUACCCUCGUGUGACUGAAAGUUCGUCGGACUGGAUCCAGGGAGUAGAGGGCCAUGGUCGCAAUGCCCCUGAUUCUCAGAUCUACAUUACGCCUUCACCAGCCGCUGAACCCUUUCCACAACAGUCUGAGACGAUGCACACCACACCCUCUCCCCAAACAAGGUCAGCCACGUCUUCCAAUUCUUCACAGCAUGUCGACCGUGAGAGAACAGAAAUCCAGCGAGAAAUUGAGCGCAAUGAAACAGAAAGGAAUCCAAUUUCAGACGACAGUGGGCCCACAGACCUUCCGUAUUCUCAUUUGAUCGCGGAAGCUCUAAAGACUGCUCCUGAUAGGAAGCGUACUCUUCAGGAGAUCUAUAGCUGGUUCGAGCAAAAUACAAGCAAGGGGAGAGACCAACGCUCAAAGGGAUGGCAGAACAGUAUCCGGCACAAUCUCUCAAUGAAUGCGGGCUUUGAAGCCGUGAGGGUAGAAUCUCCCAAUGGCAAAAAGGCCGUGAAUUACUGGCGCCUUACGGACGAGGCAUACAGGAAAGGCAUCCAGUCGACUACCCGAUACAGGAAGCAAGCGAAUCACAAAAGGCCUUUGGGCUCGGAUACACCGGCUCCCCAGCGCCAACGAUCUGGGGCCAAAGGAGGGAAGGCGACCAAGAUUGCAGCCAAGUAUCGUGGUCAGAUGUUUUUGAUGACAGGAGGCCCGCAGGACGCUGCACAAAGGGAACGACUGUAUCUGCAUUCCGCCCCUCUGCAGCAGCAGCAGCAGCAGCAGCUACCGUCACAGAUCGGGAAUCACUUCCCGUACCUUCGCACAGCUACUUCUGUGGCGACGACAGUGACACCAACCCGUGCGUCCGGUCCUGCCACGCUCAUGCAUCGACCGUCAGCAGAACAGUACAAUUUGGCUAGCGUCAUUGGCUGCACGGAGGCCCCCUCCCUGUACCCCUAUGUUCUAUGA